UUGUUUAUUUUAAUUUGCCCACAGUCCUGUUUUGCUCAGUACUGUACAGAAUCUGUCAGGGUGAAGUGUAUUUACAGGGAAUUCUGAAUAUUUGUUUUCCAGUCUUUAAACGGUUUUCAACGUUGCAGCAAGCACUUGGGAACCGAAGGAUCACUAAUUCUAAUCCCAGCACAGACUAGGUAAAGAGUGUGGUAGCUGGAGAGAUGCCGGUUUGCCUCCCGUGCACUGCUGAGGUGCCUCUGAGCAAGGCACUGGAGCCCCAAACUGCUCCCACUGUAUGGUAGCUGCCCACUGCUGUGACAAAAAAAGUUGGGCACAACUUUAGUUUUUUUCAUUAAAAAAGCUGUCCAAGAACAUGACAUGUCGAAUAAUGGCUUUUAUGAGUCACCUGACAUAUUCUGAGAAUAACAGUAUGUGACUGGUUGACUAUGUUUUAAGCCUGUAAAUAAAGUACACAUUUUUUUUCUCUCCCCCCCCUCCUCACUUGUUGUUUUCGCUCGAUUAGGCUAAUCUUACUUAGAGGAUAAUCUUGGUAUAAGACACUGCCUGUUCUGGGUUUUUCAUGUUUAAUGAUUUAAGCCAUUUUGAGUUUGUUCUCUUGAAGAUAAGGAGGAAAGGAGAUGGAACUUAAAUAGGACGCAGGAUGAGGCAGAAGAAUGUGGAGUUAGUGUCUCUUGAAGCUAUUUCUUCCACUGACUAACUGGUUGUUGCUGCUGUUAUUCAAUUAGGGCACAAGGAGAGAAUUGUGCUUUAAGCCGUCAUCAUUUGUUCCCACAUCGAUCCAGGAAACAUGUUUACUGUACAUGCAAGCAUCACGUUGAGCAGCUUUUCAGCUUCAGUGUGCUAACUGGGGUGAUAUGUUGCUGUGUGGCGUGAUAAGAUUAGAACAUGAUGAAUACACAUUACCCAUACUAAGUAUGAUUAUUAGAACUACAUUGUGACAUGUUUGAAAUCUGUUUUUGGGACUUUGCUUGCGAGCUGGCUGUUGACUUGUGUCCGUGUCUUGUCUUUCAGAUCACACACUACAAACAGUAUCCUCCAAAUGUCAGCAACAUCUACUCCUACUUUGAAUGCAGACGCAAGAAAGGCUCCCAGUUCAGUGAAGUGGUGUUCUUCGGUCUUCAGUAUCUGCUGAAGAAGUACCUCAUAGGCCAAGUGGUCACAGAGGAGAAGAUUCAGGAAGCCAAGCUGUUCUACCAGAUGCACUUCAAACAGGAUGUGUUCGAUGAGGAAAGCUGGAGGAAGAUCCUCGAGAAACAUGAUGGCCGUCUUCCUAUCCGGAUCAAAGCCAUCCCCGAGGGAAGGAUUAUACCCAGAGGCAAUGUGCUCUUCACUGUGGAAAACACAGAUCCCGACUUCUACUGGCUCACCAACUACAUUGAGACCAUGCUGGUCCAGAUGUGGUAUCCUAUCACUGUAGCCACCAUAUCCAGGGAGUUUAAGAAGAUCCUGGCCAAGCACCUGAAAGCCACCUCUGGGAGCCUUGAAGGUCUGGACCUGAAACUGCAUGACUUUGGCUACAGAGGAGUCUCCUCACAGGAGUCUGCAGCAUUAGGUGGAGCAGCUCACCUGGUUAAUUUCUGCAGCACAGACACAGUAGCUGGGCUGCUGAUGGCUCAGCGAUACUAUAGCUGCCCGAUGGCUGGCUUCUCCAUCCCAGCAGCAGAGCACAGUACCAUCAUCUCCUGGGGGAGGAGCAGGGAGAAGGAGGCCUUUGAGCGAGUCCUUGAGCAGUUCUCCUCUGGGCCAGUGUCCGUGGUCAGCGACAGCUACGACAUCUUUAACGCCUGUAAGGACAUCUGGGGAGACAAGCUGAAGGAGCGAGUCAUGGAGCGCAGCCAGGACUCGUGUCUGGUCAUCCGGCCGGACUCUGGAGACCCCGCAGAGACUCUGAUUGAAGUCAUCAAGAUUUUGGAGGAGUGUUUUGGCUGUUCUCUGAACUCCAUGGGAUACAAGGUUCUGCCCUCUUACCUGCGAAUCAUUCAAGGAGACGGCAUUGACCUCAGCUCAGUGGAUGAGAUUCUUCAAAAGCUAACCGAUGAAGGCUGGAGUGCUGAGAACGUCCUCUUUGGUUGCGGCAGCGCUUUGCUGCAGAAACUCAACAGAGAUACUCUCAACUGUGCAUUCAAGUGCAGCUACGUCGAGAGUAACGGCAAGGGAAUGGACGUGUACAAGCAGCCGGUGACCGACCCGUCCAAAGGGUCGAAGAGGGGUCGAUUGUCUCUGAGGAGAAACUCUGACGGCUUCUUAGAGACCAUCGAGAGAGGGGCAGGCAAGCCUGAGGAGGAUCUGCUUGUGACUGUUUUCGAGAAUGGCAGCCUGGUGCAGGACUACACCCUGGAGGAGAUCAGGAAGAACGCUCGGCUGAGGGACGAGGAGGUGAACCCCACCCUUCACAACCAUGAACAGGAGCUGCUGCACAAUCACAUCAUCAACGGGAUUCAUUAGAGCAACCUCAAAGCUAAAUAAUACUUCAGUUUUUAACUGGGUGCACUGGAAUGAGGAAAGACACCCGUGUAUAAAUCUAAUCUCAACAUGUUGAAGGGACGGAAAUGCUGUUUUACAAGACACUAACAUAAACUAUAACAAAAUGUUCAAAUGGUUUUAUUGAUUGAAGUAAUCAUCAGGUAUGGGUUACACUUGCUAGUGCUUAUAUACAGUAUUUGAUUUAAGGUCAAUUUCCAGCCUAAAAAUGACAUUCACAUACAACAAAACUGCAUUGUCAGUUAUGUUUCCAGAAAAAUAUAACUCCUCCCGGAUUACGUCCCAUGUGAAUCCAAAAGUCCACAUUGAUUUGUUUUUAUUUAGGACCGUAACUUAAAUAACGUAAGAAAUAUAGUUAUUUUAAGCCAAACGUGAUGUUUUUACUAAACAUAACCAAGUAAUUUUGUUGCGUUUUGUUUGAAUUUACAACGUUAAUAUUUAAUUCCGGGAGGAAAUAGGUUUCCCUCGUAACCUGAUUGAGAAAAAGUUGAUUUUGUAGGAGAAAGUGUUGCAGUGUCAGCAAUAAUAUAUUACUGCAGCCCCACAUUCUGCCCUUUAGUUUGGUUAGUGUAAGAAACACAAUCCGUACAAAUGUACAGUAGCCUAUACAAAUGAAGACAUCAUAACACUGACCAGUAGUGCAAAAGGAGCAGAUUGCUCUGCACUGCAACAGCUUAGACGAAAAUGAAGCCAUACCUGUUGUUUCUGUUUCACGCUUUCUGAUGCCAUUGGCCCACAAAGCAAACUCUAUGAAUAUUCAGAUAAAUAAAUUGUGUAGAAUAUAUAAAUGAACCAACAAUUUGUGAAUUAAUUGGAUAAAUUGUUUAAACUCAUUAUUAUGAAAUGUAAUUUUGUUAUGAAUCAUUCAUACAUUGUAUUAGUUGAUUUUUGUUUAAUUACCUACAUUCUAUUUUAAAAUGACCCAUUUCAAAACUUU